GAGGAAGGCGCAGAAGGUAAAGGACGAAACCUAGAUUAGAUUUUCAGAGGGGCCUUUUGGGGAGGACGGAAGAUUUUUCCUUGGUUUUCUUUUCAAUUAUUUUAGGUGGGGGAAAACCCAAAAUAAAUCCGUCCGAGGGCGGAGCGGGAAGCAUUUCGUACCCUCUUUGUCUCCCUAUCUGAGUCUGAGCGCGUGCGGGUCGUUCGGGAGAAUUCGGCAAAUGGCGGAGAACCAGGAGGAGCUGGUGAACGCUGGAGAAGGUGGAGGAGGAGCGGCGGACGUGGCUGGGAAGCAGGAGCAGGAGGUCGUCUCCGUGGACCUACCUGCCCCUUCCGGCUGGAAGAAGAAGUUUGUUCCCAAAACAGGAGGAACUCCAAAAAAGAACGAGAUCAUCUUCAUAUCACCGAAUGGGGAGGAGAUCAGGAACAAGAAGCAGCUGGAUCAGUACCUUAAAUCACAUCCAGGAGGCCCAGCUGCCACUGAAUUCGAUUGGGGUACCGGUGAAACACCUAGGAGGUCUGCAAGGAUAAGUGAAAAAGCAAAGGCAGCUGGGCCGCCAGAAGAGGAACCAAAGAAGAAGAGAAGCAGGAAAUCAACAGGUUCAAAAGCCGACAAAGAGGUUCACGUUGAACCAGAAUCAGCCCCUGCAAAAACAGAAAGUGGUAAUGAAGAAGUAAUGCAUGAUGCAGUGGAAGAGGAGAAGGUUAAUGACACCGGGAAGGCCGAGGAGAAUAAGGAGCAGCAGGAGGGAGAAGGAAAGCCAGAACCAGAGGAAUCUAAAGAAAAGGAGACUACAAUAGUUGAGAAGGAAGAAAAGACAGAAGAAGUUGCACCUAGUGAGAAGAUUCCAGAUGUAAAACAGGAAGGUGUUAGUGAGAGUAUGCAGAAACAAGACCCUGUUGAGAAAAUCACUGAUGCAGGAGACGCAGGUGACAGUGCGCACAUACAAGAACGUGAUCCUGCUUUCGAAAAGGAGUCUGCAAAGGUGGAAGAGAAUGGCAGCGUACAGCCGGGACCUGAAGCUGCAGCCUCGGAGAUCAAGAAAGAUGAUAAAAUAGAGCCAGGGGAUGACAGAGAUCUGAAUGAACUACCCCACUCGACAAACAAAGAGGUGGAGAACAGCAGCCACGAUGGUCAAGAAGCUGAGCAUAAGGUUCGUGUGUUGGGACGUACAGAUGCGCAGCAACCUCCUGUGCCACCACCAGUGAGCUGCUGAGCGCUUUGUUGUAGGCUUCAAUCUUUUCUUUUUCCGCUUGGGAUGACUGUAAUUCUAGUCUGUUUCGACCAUUGUGAUUGCUGCUCCUAAACUUGUUUCAUGGAGCAGCUUUCUGGAAUACUUGGGUCCUUGUGUGUAGAAUUAGAGUUUACGUGAUCCAACACUAAUAUGUAACGUAGUUACUGAAUCAUGACCCUGUUUAUCUGUA